UAUAUUCAAAGUGAUAUAAAUAACAAAUCAACUAGAAACUGAAUCAACUAAUCAUAUAAGAACUUUUCCUUUCUCGAAUUGGACCAACCAAUGUGAAUAUAGAACAUUUUCUGAACUUUUUUUCCUUUCGAUUCUUCGAACAGAAAAUGAUCUCAAAUUUCAUCAUUUUAAUUGUUCCGAAGUGUUUUUGAUUAGCCGAUCAACAAGUGAGUGACCAUUAGAUAUUCAUAGAUUGAGUUAAUUAUGUUCGGUGUUUAACUAAUUAUUACUAUUUACUAAUUGUGAUUAACUUUCACCACCAUCAAUAACAUACUGAUACGAAUAAUUUAUUUUCCUUUGGGACUAUUAAUUGAAACAACUUUAAAAAGUGAUUUAAUUGCUGUUAAUUUCGUACGAUUUUUUUAAGCAAAGUGACAAUUAACAGGAUUAACAAUUAGUUGUCUUCGUAUCUCUUAAACAAUCAACAGAAAAACCAAACAAUCACUUGGAGGGAAAAAAAAGUUUUCCAACUUCGAGAAGAUUAAUUGUGAUUAGUGAUUAAUUUAAAUUCGCAUGGGUUCAUUAUCGUCAACAAUAUCAUCACCAUCAUCGGCAACAAUUAACUUUAAACGAGUUAAUUGUGUCUGUUGCUUUAAUCUAAUCGCAUUACUGGUAAUCUUAUUUGCGAUCUCAAAUGAAGGUCUAGUUGAAUCGAGUCGAUGUCGACUUGGAAUUUGUCAACGAUCAGAAUUACCAUGUCGCCGAUGUCGAUUCCGUGAACCUUUAAGGUUCGGUAAACGGGCUAAUCUGUUACCGAAACAAAAUAGUGAUCAAGUUAAUGGUGACCAGCUAAUUUCUAAUCAAGUUAAUCACGAGAAUGAGAAACAGUUAAUUCAACCAAUCAAGGAUUUCAUAUCUUGGAGAAACUUAAUCUCACCAACAGCAUCAUCAUUACCCAAUGAUGAUUUAAUAUCAACUACAACAACAACAACAAGUUAUUAUCCAUCAUCUUCAUCUUCAUCUUCAUCAUUUAAUCGUAAUCCCAAUCAAAACAAAUCAAAACAAUCAACUUCACUUUUCCUUAAUUAUCUUCUCGCUGAUAUGAUUAACCCUAAUCAACCAAUUCCAACGAGUUUAAUUGAAAAAUUAAAGGAGAAAAAUUUAAUUUCUUACAAUUACUCUUAUGAUAAUGAUAAUACCGUAUAAUCGUAUAGUGACAAUCAAUUAAAUCAUUUACUUAAUUGUUAUAACAAUUAACUUUUAAUUCAAUAUUUUAUUUUAUCAUUCGUUUAUUUUUCAGUUACGAAACUUUUGUUUUUCCCUCUAAAAAAAAUUAUAUACUUUUUGUCCUCUCUCUAUUUAAAUUGUUGCUUUAAUUGUUGUAAAUUAAGCAGCAUCAUGAAAAUAAUUUAAAUUGCAAUCAAUUGUAUUAUUAUCAAUUAACUAUUAUCAUCGGAAAUUAAA